CUAGGGAUUCGGCCCUACGCUGGUUGGUCUGUUUGGGGCGGCCCAGGCUGGGACCGAGCCAGUGGGGGGGAAGUCUUGGCCCCCAACGCCCUCUGAGUGUGUGUGUGAGUGUGAGUGUGUGUGUGUCUUGCGUGUAUUAGUCUGCCCCUCACUCGCCAGUGUAGAGUAGAACAGGUGGCAAAGAGCAGGUACGCUAGAAGCACACUCGGAGAUAGCUUACAGAGCGUGAGUGACAAACACAAAGAAAGGAAACAAGCAAAGUGAAUGCAAGAGGCCACAGAGAUAAGAUUACGAUUUUUCUCGUUCCCGUUCGCCGAGUUAACGCAACUGCGAGGCAAAGCAAGCAACAGGAGGCGCAGCUACCUUCUCUAUCUCUCCCUCCCUCUCUCUCUCUCUCUAAUAAGGUCCUCGAUUAACAAACAAACCACUCCUAGACGCUGAGUUUUGUUUGGACUUUCGUGUUUGGUGUUCGUCAUCGUCGUCGUGUUGCUCAGAGCGUCAGGCGUCACGGAGGAGAAGUUCAGUCAGCAAUUCGCAAUUUGCAUUCACGAGAGGUAAACAUAAAAGACAGUGGAAACCAAAGAGGAAAACCAAUACAACUUCGAAAAAGAGAAGAAGCGAUGGUGAUCUUGUGCUGAUGUGGUGAAAAUUCAAUCCAGCUUUAUCGUAAGCGAUCGCUAAAGAUUAUUCAAGCAGAAACACAUACAAAUGAAACCAAAGUACAGUAAAUAUUUAAGGAGAUAGCUCAACUGAAGCAGUGCUAGAAUUACUAUAAUCAUUCACAGGUGCAUCGACAUUAUUCUGAUUGAAAUACUCAAGAAGUGAGCAAGUUGACACAACUGACCUCGCAUCGCCUAAAUUUUUUUAUCUCAAGAAACAAUUUCUACAAAUUUUUAAAAAAUUAUUGCCUAUCCUGAAAACAAAUUUUUACAAAACUGAACACUUAUGAUUGCUUUUAGUAAUUGAAAAAAAAAAAGACUUCAUAUCUUAAAAUUUGCUACAAAAAAUAAAUAAACAAAAGAAAAAUUGACAGUGACGUCAAGCAUUGGUGAGGAUAUAUAACCAAGGUUCAACCAAAGUGCAGUUGUCAAUAAGUGGUUAUAGGCAAAUGAUCACGAAAUACAAAAACCUACUAGCUAAAUCGUGCAAGCUAAUAUAACAGCAUCAUUACAAGCUAAAGAGGAAACAUCAGGUGCCACAAAGAAUUCAGGUAAGGGAGUACAAGAAAAAAAUUCUUGCACACACACACAUACAUAGCUGCUGUAGUUGUGUAUGGGGAGAGAGCAAGCAUAAGCAGCAAGGAUAAGCAUCUGACUUUUCCGGGGGACAAAACUUGCGUGGUCUUUCCAUAAGAGGGAAAUCGUCCUCCUGCUGUAGAGAGCACGACACGAAAGCAACAGCAGCAGCAGCAGCAGCAGCAGCAGUCAUCGAGGGGCUCUCUCACAGCCUACUGAACGCUUUCGUCAUCUCACCAACGUGCGAUCAGUCAAACGGCUCCCUCCCUCCCUCUCUCUCUCUCUAACUCUCUUUCUGUCUUAUUCUCCCACUCACUUGCAUCACCGCUCACUCUCCCUCUCUCAUUUCAUGCGCAUCCCACUGACGUAAGCACCCAAAGAGCAGAGAGAGAGAGAGAGAGUUUAGAAAGAGAGAGAGGGAGAAAUCAGACAUGUGUAGUAGUGUUCUGACCGAUCGCAUAUAGCAGCCUUACGAUCACGGUACACAGGCAGUCGAGGCUGGGGCGCCUUCAAACCCAGCUUCAGCUCUUCUAUCUCUUAUCAAGAAAUAAUAAGAGAGAUACAGAGAGGAAGAGCCAAGGAACGGUGAGCGAGAAAUAGAGAGACAAACAGACCGACAGACACUCAGAAGUGCAGUUGCAAAUAAAAGUGAAUAUCAAACGCGAACGAUAGUGCCGCCGAACGUGAAAGCUGCGUCAAAACUCUAGCAAGGAAAACAGAACUCGGCUUUUCAAUUCCAAAGUGUGUGAGAAAAAGUUAGAGGCCCCGAGGGAUAAAGAACAGCAUCGCAGCAGCAACAGCAAACAGUCAAAACAGCGCGAGAGGCAGCAAUUGAACGGCCGUCGGUGUCAAGGUGCUAAAGUGGUGAAGAGAAAGAGACCACGUGCCAGGUCUCGCUCCGACGGUGAAGUUGUCGUUCCGGCCAAGGCUGCCUUCCACAAGAGGUGUCUCCUUUCCAAAGAACACCAUUGGGACCUCCCGAAUUCCGCUCCUCCGUCCUCAGAUUCCAGAACCUCUGCCGCGACAGCCGACAGUAAAAAGUCCUCCUCCUCCUCUUCAUCCUCCUCCUCCCCCUCCUCCUCCUCUAAAAGCAAACACGACGACGACUCGCCUAUUUCGUCUCAGAAAACCAUACCCGUGGCUCCCAACAUCGUGCCGUUGUCCCUGGAAGGUUGGAGUCCUAAACGGGUUGGGCUGGAGCCACAGAGUGCCUCCCUGGCCCGAACGACCACGGGAUUCCUCAGUGCUUUCUUCUCCCUCAAUCAUCGACUGCAAGUGGCUCAGACUUCAGGAGCUACAAUAGCCAUACCAGGGAGUGCCCCUGGCCGGCUGCUUUACGUCCGCGACGAUGAUACGAGGCGGGGGCAGCCGGGUCCCACCCAUGGAACCCGCCCCCGGGCCCGCCCACGCCCACCGUCUCCUGCGCCCUCGAUGAUCAGCGGGGAAAAUGGCACAUCUACAGCCAAUCCCGCCAAUCACCACGACCAGUCGUCCGCCCUGCGGAAGAGGAAGCGGCUCAGCCAAGUUGUGCUGGAGCUGACCUCGCAGGCCGUACGACGCCCCCCAGACGACAAGCCCAUAAACAACAACAGCCCCCAGGACAACUCCUCCCAGGACAAGAACCCGGACCCUGUGCCUUCACCGGCACAACCAGAAAAAAGACCCAUGUUCAGCAGACAGCCUGAAGAUGUACCCCUUCAAGGUCCUGGCCAGGACCAAGGGGAAGACCCGGGAAGAAGUCCUGGUCUUAGUCCUGGCCUUAGCCCUGGAAUUAGCCCAGUGCCUGGUCACAGUCCAGUACCUGGUCACAGCCCUGUGCCUGGUCACAGCCCAGUCCCUGGUCACAGCCCUAGUCUCAGCCAGGGGCUUAGCCCUGGUCUCAGCCCAAGAGUUACAGUCCAGGAUGAAACAGGCCAGGAAGCCAUGAAAGUAGACACACCACCCUCACCUAAAGAAGUCCCAGGAGAGGCAGGAGGAGGUACCAGUCCUCUGCCUGAUCCACAACAACGGUCUCCAGGUGUCAUACAGGUCCACAGAUCAGGUGAGGGUAGUAGUAGCAGCAGUAGCACAAGUAGCAGCUGUGGCAGUGGUGGCACAGCCAGAUCACCUCGUGCAGUCCAAAGCGAUGUCUUUAGGUUUGAUUCUUUGGAUCGUGAGAGGUAUUUGUGCAGAGCCAUAAGUGAAGAAGAUGAAGAAGUGUUUUCUCCAGGUCCUCCAGCUCAUUCACCGCAUGCACGUGACUCACCAGCUCUUGCCAGGGUUAACUCUGAUUCUCCUAAGUUAUCUUUCAGUCCACUGAGAAUCAAAGAUCCAAGUAUUGAUGAAGAAGAUCUUGAUUUGGAUACUAAACCACCAUCAUCUGCAUCCUCUCUGGCAUCCAGCGAGGCACCCUCAUCUGGUGGUGUUAUUCGUGGUAUCUUGCCUAAGUUUAGUGUAGUUUGUAGUGAAUCUGGUGAACCUAUAACACACUACCCACCAUGUUCUUGUCACCAUUGCACAAUGUCAGCACGAGACCCUCACCGCCUUGGGCCAUCAGCUGGUUUAUCACAUUCACCCAUUUCACCCCUCACACCAACCUCCCCUCAUACACCAAUUUCACCUUCUCCUGGUCAUAAUGUAGAGCACUACUUUCCACCUACUGUCUACCUCCCAGACCUAUAUCGACGACGCUCUCAUUCAGACUCCGAUUUGCAAUUAUGGUUUGAUCAUAAAGGAGCUACUGCUAGCAGUAGCAGCAGCAGCCACAGUGGGGCUGGUCCCUCAGGAGAACAGCCAUCAACACGAGGGUCUGUUUUACGUCACGGAAGACCCAUCCCUCAACCCCUUUACCUUCCUCGCAAAGGUGGUUCCCUAGAAUCCGAUAUAUCAUCUCCCCAAGACUCUCCUUUGGAUCUCUCAGUAAAAACAACUGGGAGUAUGAAAACUGGGAGUACCUCCAGUACAGACAGUCUGGUACUUCCAGGCACAAUAUCACUUUCUUCUCCUCAUUCUCCAAUGUUAGCAGCCCCUAAGGAUACCCCUCCACCACCCAGAUCACCAGGAGCUCCAGAUCACCAUCGACCAGCAUCCCAUUAUCCAUCUGUACCUGUAGUUAAAGGUGAUGUUGCUUCCCACAGCACAAAAGACAGUGUAGCACUGCGAUAUCACCUGGAAGUAUCUCCAGUAGUAGAAGAGAUGCCACCAGGAGCAGAUGUGGCAUUUGUUUGUCCUGUAUGUGGUCAGAUGUUCUCCCUCCAUGACCGUUUGGCAAAGCACAUGGCAUCCCGGCACAAAAACAAACAGUUAGACACCACAAGUAAGACAUACAUGUGUGACAUAUGUAAGCGUUCAUUUGCACGUUCAGACAUGUUGACACGCCACAUGAGACUUCAUACUGGACAUAAACCAUAUACCUGCCGUGUUUGUGGACAGGUUUUCUCCCGUUCUGAUCAUCUAUCUACUCAUCAGCGAACACACACAGGUGAAAAACCUUACAAAUGUCCCCAAUGUCCAUAUGCUGCAUGUCGUCGGGAUAUGAUAACAAGACACAUGCGUACACAUGCCAGGUAUGAGUUACACGAGUCAUCAUCAAUGGAGGAAGGUGGUGAGGUUGCCAGACCAAAUCUACCCGUUCGCUCCCUAUCCGAGGAACAUCCUGCUCCAAGUCCCUUGUUAGAUUUACCUGGAUUACCAGUUUCUCAGCCCCGCACACCUCAAGGGUCUCCAUUACCACUUUCCCCAGGUCCUCAUGCAGUAAGUGCAGGAGCAGCACAAAAACAAUCACUGGGACCCCCACCUCUGGGAACAGGACCUCCACUGCAAGGUUUAACAGGAAUGGCGGUAGGAGGAACCAAUCUAAUGGGAAGACUGCAACAGCAGCCACAACGUCCCAGGAAGCAAGAAGAAGAUUGAGAGGACUCUCAUGACAAGUCUGGUUCAUGUUUUUUGCCUCGCUGAGGUUUGUCUCUGGCUGGAGGUCGUCCCUCCUUGGCAUGGAGGCAGUUGGAGGCUAGAGGCCUGCUUGGUCUUCUGGCGUUAUUUGUGUGGCGGAAGCAGCCCGCCGUGCCCACUCUGGCCGUGACCAACUUAUCGCCUGGUGCGAUUUAGGUUUGGUCUGUCCCUGUUGUCUGUCUCUCCGGCUGUGCAAUGCAGUACUGCCUGGCUCUGCUCCGUCUCUAAGAUAUGCCAAGAACGGGGAUUUGUUUUUUCCCACUUGGGAGUGGCGGGCCAGGGCCAGGCAGCAACGUGUUGAUGUCAGCACGUGGGUGUCUCAGUGUCAGUGGUCACGUGUUGUGUCGUGUGUGUGCCGCAUGCGGCAUCUCGGGCGGCGGGUCUGCCAGAGUUUUCGCCCACUUUAGGGGAGGGAGCAUACCCUCCUGACUAGAGCAGCUCUGUUUGAGGUGUUAGAAGAGGCAGUUUUAAGCUGUUGCUCUAUACCCCUCCCCACAAUCACUUCCCAAGUCUCUUGGUGUGAAGGUGUUUGCUGGCUGUGGUACUCAAGGGCCCUGGUGUGCCUUUUCAGGGGACAGAGACCAUUCAGGGGGGAAAUUCUCUACAGUUAAAUAAACGGCACGAGAGGUGUAUCACUGUACCUGUUAAUUUAAUGAGAUAGAUAUAUUAUAUAAUUAUAAGGUGAAAACCCCAGGCUACCAGGGUACCCAGUGUCACAAUUAAGAAUGAUCCAUAGUAAGGCUCAACAGGCACAUUUUUAGCACUUGAAAAGUCCUUUGAUGCCAGCUGCUGGCUGCGAGUUUUUAAAAAGGCUAUGCUAGUAAUCAGUAAAAGCUAACAUUGGUUACUAAGGGCUCUAAAUCUGAGAACUGCAAGUCCUGUGAGUUUAAGCUAUAGCUAUUGUGUGGAGAUACAAAUGUACUCGGGUAUUAAGUCCUUUGUAUUAUCAAGCGUUGGUCAUGUUAAUAUCAUGUUUAUACAUAACACCUUUGUUCCUUUUGUUUUCAAUCUGAUGUGGUAAACUCUGCUGAUCUGUGGUGACUUCAGCUGUACUGUUGAGACUCAAGCUGUGCUGUAGCAAUUUAGGCUUUGUUGUGGUCACUUCUGAAUUACUUUGGCAAUCUUAGCUGAGCUGAGAUGGUCAAAUAUGUGCUUUGGUGACUCUGACUAGGCUAAAAUGACAUUAGUUAUGCCAUGGUGACCUAUGCUGGGCUUUUAUGACCUAGGCUAUGCUGUGGUCAACCAAGCUAAGCUGUGGUGACGUCAAGUUAUGCCAUUUUUCUAGUAGUGUCUUUGAAGUCAGAUAUUCACCAGGAAUAUUUUGAUGUCUUGAUUUUUGUUUACAAACUGUAUGACUGUUGGUAGAGGAGUCACAAAUACUCAUGCAACCUGGUCGCUUUGGGCUACAGGCCACUGAACACACACUGCAGAAUUUUAUUUAAUUGGCAACACAUUUUAAAUGGGGCCCCUAGUAGUAUUUUUCAAUGGACUCCCAGAAAUUCACCUCUUAAGCACCUGAACUAUAUGAGACCUAAUUGUGAUUAUGUAUUUAAGAAAAAAGUGCUCACCUUUCUUUUUUGUUUUCUAUGAAACUUUGUAGAGUUUAUGAAUAAUUAUUUUUAUCAUAUGAUGAUUGACCACAUACGGCAACUAUAUGUAGCAAAGCAAAACAUUCUGUCUCGACAAGUUUUAUUUCAUAUAUAGCUUUUAAAAUAUGUUUCUAAAUAUGUUAGUUACCAAGUUACAAUGGUUUAUGUCACAUGAAGUAGCUAUUGGCUCAUAUAAUUGUUUACCUCUUAUAGCUAAAGUGAUCUUGAAUCUAAAACCAGACUAAGAAUAUUACUCCUGUUUUAAGUUCUAUUUCAUCUUUUUUUUUUUUGUGUAAGAAAACAAGAAUGUAAAUUGUUAUGAGAUGUUCUAAUCAAUAGGUUGUAAUUCCCCAAAAACUCCUUAUGUGCCAAACUCAUGGCCAGUUUGCUGUCUGCCUACAACAGUGCUUAACGAUCAUUAGAUAGUUCACUAUUUAAGGCUUGUUUUUUUAUGUGUGUUGUGAGAUGGGACUGUCGGAGGAGAGCUCGCAGUUUACUCUUGACGUGUCAUUUCCUUCUCUCACCAGUCUUCUUUUUUGUAUAUGGAUAAGAAAGCUUUUAUAAAUAUUUCUCCAUAAUUUUGUAGGUAUCGGAUUUUUAAGCAUAUUUUUAUUGUAAGACUAUUUAUGUUGACAUGUAUAUAUAUAUUUACUAUAAUUAUCAUCAUCAUCUUUAUUUUCAUUAUUAUUAAUUUCAUUAUUAUUAUUAUUGUAAUUAUUAUUAAAUUAAUUUAACACGCAAACACUCCUGAAAAAAGACACGGACUCUUGUCAGCCAUGGAAGACAGUGAUGAAAAAAAAAAGAA